AAACAAAGACGAACGUGAAGUCGGGAACGAUUAAAAAUUGUCGAGCAAGUCUGUUUAGCAUCUGUGCCAGCUAUGGCUGAUGCUAGCUCUGCUGAGUCGGCUGCAACGCAUACCUUAUCCCGCCACGUAGCAGUGAUCGGCGCCGGUGCCAGCGGUUUGGUUGCGGCACGUGAGCUCCGGCGGGAAGGUCACAGUAUCGUAGUGUUUGAGCGAGGAGACCAAUUAGGUGGCACCUGGGUCUACACCCCAGAAGUGGAGUCCGACCCAAUUGGUCUCCACCCAAACAGAACCAUAGUCCACUCCAGCAUUUACCAGUCUCUCAGGACUAACCUCCCCAGAGAGAUUAUGGGGUUCCGGGACUACCCGUUUGCGGUCAAGGAAGAAGACGAAGGGAGAGACCCGAGAAGGUUUCCGGGUCACAGAGAGGUGUUGAUGUACUUGGAUGACUUCGCCGGCGAGUUUGGAAUUUCUGAGAUGGUGAGGUUUGAGACUGAGGUGGUAUUCGUGGGUUUGGUGGAGGGUGGCAAGUGGAUGGUUAGGUCGAAGAGGAAAACAAGCGAUGAGGGUUUGGAAGAGAUUUAUGAUGCUGUGGUUGUUUGUUGUGGGCAUUAUACUAAGCCUCGUGUUGCAGAAAUCCCAGGCAUCACUACAUGGAAAGGGAAGCAAAUUCACAGCCACAACUAUCGAACUCCGGAGCCUUUUCGAGAUCAAGUUAUAAUUUUGAUAGGGAGAGCCGCUAGUGCUCUUGAUAUCUCUCGGGACAUAGCUGGAGUUGCCAAAGAGGUCCACAUUUCAUCUAGAUCUGUUGCUUCCGGAACCACUGAGAAGAAGCCUGACUUUGCAACCAUGCGUCUUAACGGUAUGAUUAAUGGAUAUGAUAACAUGUGGCUACACUCUCAAAUUAAAAGUGUCCAUGAAGAUGGUCGUGUUGUUUUCACAGAUGGGAGUGUCGUCGUUGCGGACACCAUUCUUCAUUGCACAGGGUACAAAUAUCAUUUCCCUUUUCUUGAUACCAAUGGCAUUGUAACUGUGGAUGACAACCGUGUUGGGCCACUGUUCAAGCAUGUCUUCCCGCCUGCCUUGGCACCGUCGCUUUCUUUUGUUGGGGUUCCAUGGAGGACGAUUCCUUUCCCCAAUUUUGAACUUCAAAGCAAGUGGAUAGCAGGAGUUUUGUCGAACCGAAUUGCGCUUCCAUCUAAACAGGAGAUGAUAGAGGAUGUUAGAGCUUUCUACUCUUCAGUUGAAGCUGCUGGCAAACCUAAACGACACACUCAUGACAUUUCAGAUUCUCAGGGUGAAUAUGCUGGUUGGCUUGCAGCACAAUGUGGUUGUCGAAUCGCAGAGGAAUGGAGAGAACAAAUGAUACUCACAGUAGCAAAGAAUUGGAUAGUCCGACCCAGGACAUAUCAAGAUGAGUGGGAUGAUAACCAUUUAGUACUGCAAGCUUAUGAGGCUUUCAGGAAUGAAGUUUCUCUCCAAAAAAAAAAAUAUGAAUGGAGAUUAAGUUAA